AUGAAUAGUACAUAUAAUACGUAUAAAAAGGGCAGAGUUAAAGGUUCCUUUGAGGUAGAAGACGAGAACAGAUCAGGUUUGGUACCAUCUAAACAAGAAGAAAAUAAAGGUGGAAACGUAGAAUUUGAACAUGAAAACAGUACAGAAGUGUUUGAGGAAUCCGCAAACGAUGAAGAUAAAAAUUCAUAUCAUGAGGAAGAAAGUUCACAUGAUGGAGAAGAAAGCAACAAUCAGGAUUAUGAAAACCAAAUGGGUCAUUUGAAAUGCAAAUUAUGCGGGAAACGAUUUCAGAGCAAAGAAAAAGUAAAAAUACACAUGUCAUCACAUACAGGAAAUAAACAACAUAGCUGUCAACUUUGUGAUCAAAAGUAUACGACACAGCAUCAUCUUUAUUCACAUAUUGUAUCAGUACAUCCGGCGGAAGCUGAAGAUUUGGCACGAUAUUCGUGUGAUGUGUGUGGAAAGAAAUUUUAUAGUAAAUCCAAAUUAUUAAUUCAUUCCAAAUCCCACCUCGAACUUCUGCCAUAUCAAUGCAAAAUCUGUCCUAAACGAUUUUUGGUACGUAGUACACUAAAGACACAUACCAAGCAACAUACUGGUGAAGGAUUAUUUACAUGUGAAAUUUGUGAAAGAGCAUACACAACAAAUUGCGCACUUAAACGUCAUAUGAAUAAUCACACACGCGAGAUUGAGUAUAAGUGUGAGACUUGUAACAAAGUAUUUUAUGCGACUGGAGGUCUAAUAAAGCACAGAUUAACACAUUCUGAUGAUCGACCAUGGAAGUGUUCGUUCUGUGGUAAAAGAUUCAAGCAGAAUAGUGCAAUGCAUCACCAUAUGGAUUCCCAUAAACCGGAAGAGGAAAGAAAACCAAAAAGAAUCACAACGAAGGAUUUUAAAUGUGACAUAUGUAAUAAAACAUAUAGUUGUCUUUCUCAUUUGCUGAAGCACAUGCAAAUUCAUAACGGAGAAUAUUACACGUGUGAUGUUUGUGGAAAAGAUUUCAUUAAACAGUCGACCUUGGAUAUUCACAUGAGAGGUCACACGGGUGAAAUGACACACAAGUGUGAAGUUUGUGGACGUGGAUUUGGUUGCCAUGACUAUCUUAAACGUCAUAUGAGAAUACAUACCGGUGAGAAACCCUAUAGCUGUGACGUAUGCGGGGCUCGUUUUACUCAAUCAGCUGCCCGAAACAGACACAAAAGAAUACACACGGGUGAAAAACCAUUCAAAUGCGACAAAUGCGACAGUUGUUAUAGUGACAAGUAUUCCAUGCAAAAACACGCUCUUCUAAUUCACUCAGAAAAUCCUGAACUGAAAUAUAAAUGUGACAUUUGUACAAAAACAUUUACUUCUAGAUAUGGAUUAAACUGUCACUUAAAAUCAAUACACGAUGGAACGAAAGAUCAAAAAUGUGAAAUAUGUGGCAAAGCUUAUACCCUGAAAUCUCUUCUCCAGAAACACAUGAAGACUCACAACAAAUAAUGUAAAUCAAAAAGAUGAUUGUUUUAUGAUGUUAUUAUAAAUGGACAUACUAGUCUAAUUUGUUAAUGUAUAUCAUUUGUAAAUAUUUCUAUAUUUCUUACAUUUUCGAGAAUGAUCUUUGUAACGUAAAAUGCUGUGCAAAUAAGACAUGGAUCAUUUAAUUUCGGAGCAAAAAUGUCCUCGUUAUGAUUAGAGCAUUUCGUGGAUAGAAG